UACUUGGAUGCAGGGGUCUCCUUCCCAGAGUACCAAGAGCUUACCACGGAGGAGAGAACCCACGCAGGGCGCAUUGUGUCGAGAUCAGCCCCUAGCGACGGUGUUAUAAGGAAUUGAGAAGCACCCCUCUUCGCAAAAAUAUUGCUCGUGACAGGCGUUGCAUGCGCAAUGAACGGUUUUGCUGUUGAUUCCAAGAAGCCUACCUUAUAAAAUGAGUCCGCAUCAUUCCCUGACAUCUUCCUUCGAGAGAGGGCUGGAAUCUCAGUUCCCUGCUAUCGUCAGCCUUGGAAGGAGGAGCCUCUAAAACUGAGACAGGCUGCUGUGGAAAGAGGAUUGUUGACCCUCCCCACCCUGCUCAUUCCCUGAGGAUCCGCCCUGUUGCUGGUUGGGUGUCGCUCCCCGCUCUGCCUGGUGUGGCCCUUGGGAGUUUUGUGUCUCGUGAACGUGCACCUACACACACCCAGUGCGUACAGAGUGCGAUAGUGCAGCUGCCAUGACGGACGCAGUGAUGGGCGGUAGCUCGGACCGCUGGGUACCCAACGACAGGCAGAGGAGCAUGCAUGCCAAUGAUAAGGAACAGGGUAACUGGACCAACCAGGUCAGGCCUGGUCCCGGCGGUCCGGACCUGACUGACGAGGAGAAGGAGAUCAUUAACGGUGUGAUCGCCCGGGCUGAGAAGAUGGAGGCCAUGGAGCAGGAGAGAAUUGGGCGCCUGGUGAACCGUCUAGAUGACAUGAAGAAGACGGUGUGUGGGGACGGGGUGAACCGCUGUCUGCUGUGUGGGGAGCAGCUGGGUGUGCCAGGGGUCAGCUCAGUGGUGUGUGAGGACUGCAAAAAGCACAUGUGCACCAAGUGUGGAGUGCAGAGUGGCAGCCGGCCGUGCUCUGUGUGGCUCUGCAAGAUCUGCAGCGAACAGCGAGAGGUGUGGAAGCGAUCUGGUGCCUGGUUCUUUAAAGGCUUCCCCAAGCAGUUCCUGCCCUCGCCCAUGCCCAUCUCCAAGUCCAGAGAGUCAAGCGCCCAUCGGGCCUCAGAGCCCCAGGAGCCAGCAGCCUCUGACCCCAGGGCUGCUGGUGAUCAGCCCCGGCCACAGGCACAGGCCGGAGGACCAGAGGCACAGGGGCGUGCUGGUAAACUACCUGUGGCCCAUAAGCCGACAGAGGUUCGCAUUGCCACUGGUGGGGCUAGUCUUGGUUACACUGAGGGAGGUGCCCAGAACAGCCCAGUGGUGCUGCAGAAGGCUGUUACAGUCCAGAGCUCCAGGCCCCCUCCAGCAGCAUCAGCCAAGCAGGCUCCACUGGAGACGGAGGAUAGAGUGCCUCCUGCAGUGCGGGAGGAGAAGAGACAGCCUGUAGCCUACAACCCCCCUCCUGCUCGACAACAAGCCCCCCCGCCUGAGGAGGAGGAGGAUGCAAACAGCUAUGACUCGGAUGAGGCCACCACUCUAGGCGCCCUGGAGUUCAGCUUGCUUUAUGAGCAGGAGAACAACAGCCUCCACUGCAACAUCCUUAAAGCCAAGGGACUGAAGCCCAUGGACUCCAACGGACUGGCUGAUCCAUAUGUCAAGCUGCAUCUGCUGCCAGGGGCCAGUAAGUCCACCAAGCUACGCACCAAAACCCUGAGAAACACCCGUAACCCUGCCUGGAACGAGACCCUGGUCUACCAUGGUCUCACAGAUGAGGAUAUGCAGCGCAAGACUCUCAGGAUCUCUGUCUGUGAUGAGGACAAGUUUGGACAUAAUGAGUUUAUCGGAGAAACUCGCAUUGCACUGAAGAAAUUGAAGAUCAACCAGAAGAAAAACUUCAACGUGUGUCUAGAGAGAGUUGUCCCUACAAAGAAGACUGCAACAGCUGGAGGGGCUCGAGGCAUUUCGCUCUACGAGGAUGAGGGUGGGAAGGAGGGUGGAGAUGUGGAGGAGCGUGGUCGUAUCCUUAUCUCCCUCAUGUACAGCACCCAGCUGAACCGCCUGCUUGUGGGUGUGGUGCGCUGCGUUCACCUGGCCUCCAUGGACACCAAUGGAUACUCUGACCCAUUCGUCGAAAUAUGCCUGAAACCUGAUAUGGGGAAGAAGGCCAAGAACAAAACAAAUAUCAAGAAGAAAACCCUGAACCCAGAGUACAACGAGGAAUUUAGCUAUGACAUCAAGCACAGCGACCUGGCUAAGAAGACCCUGGACAUCUCAGUGUGGGACUACGACAUUGGGAAAUCCAAUGAUUACAUCGGUGGGUGCCAGCUGGGCAUCACAGCUAAAGGGGAGCAGCUGAAGCACUGGUAUGAGUGCCUGAAGAACAAGGACAAGAAGAUAGAGCGCUGGCACACGCUGUUGAAUGAGAAUCCUGUCAACAGCAACUAACCCCCACCCUGCAUGAGCUAAGUCCUCUCCCUCUACACUCAGCCCCCUAUCCUCUCUCACAUUACCCUGUCUAACCUCCCUCCACACCUCCCAAGAACCUUCAUUUUAGAUUUAGUUUUAUUUUACUUACCGGUAGUCUUCCUGUCUGGUGUCUGCAUUCUUUCUUGCCCUCAACCCAACCCACCACAUGCACCCUUCCCAUCCUCCAUGUUGUCCCAGGUGUGAUAUUUCCUUCUCCUAUCUCUCCCCCUUUACUGAGACUUAUCUACCAAGGGGAUUCCCCAAGAGGCAAAACCUGGUAUACUUUAAAAAUCAUCCUUCAAAAUCAACUUAGGGAUUCAACAAUUUAAGACAAAAAAAUAUGUUGUUUGACAUUGCAGUAUACAGUUGCAUUGAGACGAUCAUGCCUGUUGAAGGUGUUAUUGAACUUGACACAUCCCAAACUAAAUAAAAUCAAUUUGAAAUGCACUAGCACAAAAGACGAUGAAGCAAAUAUGUUAUUGCAUUCUAUGUGGGAUAAAAUCUACAGCACCCAUUGAACUAUGAAGUUCAUUAGACUGGCAGGUUGUAAUCCUUGAUUUCUGGUAAAAUGACACCAUGCGGUAUUAUUACCACUUGUAUGAGAAUGCAAAACCACAUGAAAACACUGAGGACACACAGCUGUUUAUUUAAUGAUAUCUAAUGAAUAUUAUGGCAUUCUCAUGAAGAAGGUUUACAUGUUGCUGAUCUUCUGAAGUUGAGGAUAAAAAUAUUCUGGACUAUGAAAAAGGGUAUGAUUCACAAAUCAAUUGACUGACAUUUAGUUUGGAGAGUAUAUUUCUUAGUUUUUUAAUUUAUUACUUACUAAAUAGGCAAUUUAAGGAACUCAUAUUUAUUUAUUUCAGUAUCAGUUUAAAUAUUUUGAAUGAUAGCACUCCAGGUAGAAGAAAAUGUACUCACUUUCUGUCAAGUGUUCACUUUUAGUCCUUAUUUGAGUCCUGUUUAUAGCACCCUGGUCUCAUAGACUAGACUUAACAUAGUAAAUGUAAAUCCAGGACACUCAAAUUAGUAUGAUAUGUUAUG